AUGAAUUUCCUCAAGAAGUUCAUUGGUUCAGCUUCUACUGACGAGGUGAUUUCCCUUCCUUCAGGGAAGCUCUUUUUGACCAGAUCUCCCAACUCCCCUAAGGGUGAAUUGGAGUGUUUGUACAACGAUGCGUUUGCGUCUAUCAGGCAAACAACCACGCCAUUUUUCUACCGGUUGUUUGUCACGAGAGUGUACCAGGAAGGGGAGUUGAACGCCAAUGAGGACGGUGGAUUCGAGGACUCUGAAGAUGAAGACGAGUUCGAUGAGAGGCACAACGUUGUGCGUUCUGCCAACGAUCCAAAUUCCGUUUCGGGCCACUCCAAGGAUGAGUAUGGGUUCACGAUUUCUGACGAAUUGAAGUUCCAUUACUAUGAGAAGGGUGACGGCACGAGGGCCAUUUCCUGGAAGGAUUUAAACGGCGAUUUGGGUGACAGGUUUGAGUUCAUUGUAGACGAAGAUUGCAGCCAGACCGAUGUGGACAGCUUCAUGUUGGCAUUGUUUAAGUGCCAGUACGAGCAGAGGUACCACAAGAGCUCGUUGGGGUUCACCAGCAUCAGCCAAUUGAAAGAGUUUGCCUAUGAUCCUAAGGCGGAGUUGCUCACCUUUGAAGAUUUGAACAAAGACAUCAAUUGGGAUGAGGACGAAGAAGAAGAAGAAGAAGAAGAAGAGGACGCCGAUUACGCCGAACCAGCUCGCCGUGGUCGUAGAGCGCCAGUGGCUGUGGAGUCAGAAUCGGAUUCUGAGUCAGAUUCUGAAUUUCAUGAUGCUACAACGGGAAUAGUUAAGAGCAAACCAACCUCUUCAUCACCAUCUGCUCAAGCCCUAGUUACCGUUUUUCAAUACAAUGAAGCAGACUUGCAUAUCUACGAUUCCGAAUCUGAAUCUUUCAAGCUUUUAGCUGACAAGCCUGCUAUUAGUAUAGUCGACGCUGGAGACUGGAAAUACUACUUAAAGAUCGCAGGUCAUUUUGAUGUCUUGAUCUCGAAAGAUAUCAAUCCUGUUUUCACUUACGACUACAAUGCGUUUAUUUUUAACUACUUCAAUUCACCAACCACUAUUGCAUCAUAUUUAUUAAAGUUCCCAGAUUUCGAGACCCUAUCUAAUUUCCAAAACAUUUUUAUGACUCAAUUAUGGCAGUCGUUGAACAAGCAGAAGUUUGGACAAACUGUUGCCAACAAAUCAGAUAUGGAUUAUGUUUUGGAUGCAUUUUCGAAUGUGAAUGUCGACGAUGACGACUUGAACGAUGAGGACAAGAUGCUCGUGGAUGCAUUAAGUGACGACGAACCAGAACAACCUGAAGAGGAAGAAUUUAGCAAGUCUAAAAUCAGGCAAACGGUAAGGGAACCUAAAUUAUUUGUCGAUUCAGACGACGAUGAUGAUGAAUUCGACCAAGAAGCUGCUAAAUUCAAAAACAAUGCUUCGAAAAACUCCAAUUUGUCGGUUGGAUAUUCCAAAGAUAGAUCUUAUGUUGUCAGAGGAGACAAGUUAGGAGUUUUCAAGAACUCCGACGAGGACUUGACUUUCCAAACAACAAUUUCGGACUUGACCACAUUGAAAGGGAAAAAGUUUACUCCUUUGAAUACCAUGCUUCAUCAGCAGGACCAGUUUAUGGUUAUGCAGAAUUCCGAGCUUAGUGACGAGAAUAAGUUAUUCAAAAUGGAUUUGGAAAGAGGAAAGAUUAUUGAAGAAUGGGAAGUAGGCAGAGAUCAGGCCAUUAAAUCUUUCGCUCCUAACACCAAGUUUUCCCAAUUGACUGCGGAGCAAACGUUGACUGGUAUCUCGCUGAAUGGAAUGUUCAAAAUCGACCCUAGGCUACAAACUAAAGAUAAACUUGUGAACGACAAUACAUUAAAAUUAUACAAGACUAAGAACAAUGAUUUCCUGCUGGUGGCAACCACCCAGGCCGGAUUCAUUGCGGUCGGUUCUAAGAGAGGUGAUGUGCGAUUAUAUGACAGGUUGGGAAUAAAUGCAAAGACGGCGUUGCCUUCCUUAGGUGAGCCCAUCAAGGGUCUUGACGUCUCAGCGGACGGUAGGUGGCUCUUGGCUACAUGUGAAACUUACUUGUUGCUUAUUGAUAACAAGAUUGGGGAGGGCCAGAGGAAUGAAGGCUCCUUGGGAUUCUUGAAGUCUUUUGACAAGGACAAGAAACCCAAACCAAGAAGACUUACUAUCAAGCCAGAGCAUACUGCGUACAUGUACAAUGAGUCUGGAGGAAAACCACUUUCGUUCACUGUUGCACACUUCAACACUGGGGUGUCUACGCAAGAGUCAACGAUAGUCACGUCAUCGGGUCCCUAUGUGAUCACAUGGUCUUUGAAGAAGAUUUUAAAACCCAAAAAGGCAUCUAGAUCUGCAAAAUCUUCAAAAGUCAGCGCUGAUAACUACGAAGACUCGUACCUUAUCAAAAGAUACAAGGAGGAUGUCAUUGCUGACAACUUCAAGUUCGGCUCCAACGCCGACGUGAUAUUGGCAUUGCUGAACGAUGUUACCAUGGAUAACAAGAAGAUAUUUAACAGGGCCACCAAGUCAUAUUUCACCAACACCAAUAAGAACAGCGUCGUACAGGAAUUGUAG